GAACAAUUUUCGACCCUUCUCCAGCAGGACUACUGUCUUAGUUCCUCUCACCAUGGCUUCGGUGGACGCUGCCAAACUUCAUGCGCUAUUUCUCCCAUACUUCGCACCAAGCCAUAUGAUUCCUCUGGUUAAUGUUGCCAGGCUCUUUGCCGCCCAGGGCGUCAAGGUUACAAUCCUCACCAGCAAGUACAACGCGGUCUUGUUUCAAUCCUUCAUCGAUCAUGCCACUGGAUUAGGCCACGACAUCUCCGUCCACAACUUGAAAUUUCCAUCAGCUGAAUUGGGAAUACCUGAAGGAAUUGAGAACUUCAGCGCGGCCACCACAACGGAAAUUUUGUGGAAAGUAUACAUGGGCGUGAUGCAGCUCCAGACUGCAAUGGAAGAAUUUAUUGAAGAACUGAGUCCUCACUGUAUUAUCUCGGACAUGUUCUAUCCUUGGACAGUUGAUUUAGCCGAGAAGCUGAAGAUACCGAGAAUCUUGUUCUAUCCGAACAACUUCAUCUCUCACUGUUUGCCCCACAGCUUGCGGGAGUAUGAGCCUCAUAAGUCUGUUAAGUCAGAUUCUGAGAGGUUCUUGAUCCCUGGUUUACCGGACAGGAUCGAGAUGAAAAGGUCUCAACUGGAGGACCAUAUGAAGACCGAAACUCCGCUUGCUGAGGUGUUAAGGAAAGUAAGAGCAUCAGCGCUGAGGAGCUUUGGCUCGGCUUUUGACACCGUUUACGAGUUUGAACCUCAAUAUGCUGAUUACUUCGGAAAGGUGAAAGGGACAAAAUAUUGGACCAUUGGCCCUCUUUUCUACUUCUCCAACAAGGAGAAAACUGAUAAUUCUGCUGAUGGGAAGGACGGUUGCUUAAACUGGCUCGAUACUCAGGCCCCCAACCGAGUCCUGUACGUUUCAUUCGGAAGUAUAGCGAAAUUCGGCGACGCACAACUGCAUGAAAUUGCAAUUGCUCUUGAGGCUUUGAACCAACCGUUUAUUUGGGUCGUCAGGAAGAGGGAAAGUAACCCCGAUGGUCAACAAGAAAGCUGGCUGCCAGAUGGUUUUGAAGAAAGAAUAACCAAAGGAAACAAAGGUUUGAUCAUCAGGGGUUGGGCGCCUCAGUUAAAGAUCUUAAACCAUCCAGCAAUUGGAGGGUUUAUGACUCAUUGCGGUUGGAACUCAACGAUGGAAGCUAUGACUGCUGGAGUGCCAUUGAUUUCGUGGCCAUUGUUUGCUGAGCAGUUUUACAACGAGAAACUUCUUCUCGAGGUUCUAAAAGUAGGAGUCAGUGUUGGGGCAGAUCAUUAUCACGCAAGUCCGAUCAUAGAGGAUCCUUUGGUGGAAUCGGAACAGAUACAGGCAGCAAUAAACCGAUUGAUGAGCAGCUCUGAAGAAAGUCAGGAGAUCAGAGACAGGGCAAGGGAGAUGGCAGCGUUGGCAAAGAGGGCUGUGGAAGAAGGUGGAUCAUCCUAUCAAAAUCUGCUUGAUUUGAUUGAUGCAUUAAAAUCAUGUGCUUUUAGUGUCAAUAGUUAGUUAUCAUCAAUACUACUGGCUAUGAUCUUCGAAUAAAAAUUUUUGACGUGGCUGAAUACACAAGUACUCAUGUUGGCCAGUUCGCUAUUGAUGUCAACAGUUAGUUAUCCAUACUGCUACUAUGAUCUUCCCACGAAAAUUUUGUAAUUUGGCAGAAUGCAUGCAUAAUCAAGUUGGUCAGUUCGCUACUGAUCUUCAAAUUCGAUGUCAACUGUUAGUUAUCCGUUGCUACUACUGUGAUCCUCAAAUGAAAUUUUGUAAACU